AUUAAUUAACCUAAGACUUAGACCCGCGCCCGAAAACAAUCAACCUCAGGUCAGCUUUUUACCAUUAUUCGCCUUUAAAUAAAACCCUAAUUUUCGUACUUUAUAUCUCUCAUUUCUCAACUAGCUCAGUCUUCCCAAAGUUGGUUCUUCGAGGCUCCUCAUUGAGAUCUGAAUUCGGGGUGUUAACGUUUUUCCGUUAAGCCAUGGCUCUGGUCUUGCACGCGGGGAAGCCAAACAAGAAUGCAUUCAAGACGCUUAUUGCUGCAGAGUACAGUGGUAUAGAUGUUAAACUUGCUGACAAUUUUGAGAUGGGUGUCUCAAAUAAAACUCCUGAAUUUCUCAAGAUGAACCCUAUUGGGAAGGUUCCUGUGUUGGAAACACCUGAUGGCCCCAUAUUUGAAAGCAAUGCCAUAGCUCGAUAUGUUACCUUUUUGAAGGCUGACAAUCCUCUAUAUGGUUCCUCUCUGUAUGAGAGUGCCCUAAUUGAGCAGUGGAUCGAUUUUGCAUCACUGGAAAUUGAUGAUAAUAUAAUUUAUUGGUUUAGACCAAGAAUGGGACUUGCUGUGUAUCUUCCUCCAGCUGAGGAAUCAGUAAUCGCUGCAUUGAAGAGAGCAUUGGCUGCUCUAAACACUCAUCUCGCAUGCAACACUUACCUGGUCGGACAUUCUGUGACCCUCGCUGACAUUGUGAUGACAAUUAAUCUUUUUUUGGGUUUCGCCCAUCUGAUGACCAAGAGUUUUACUUCAGAAUUCCCUCAUGUUGAGAGGUACUUCUGGACAAUGGUUAAUCAACCAAAUUUUAGAAAGAUUCUGGGUGAGGUCAAGCAGACAGAAUCUGUACUACCUAUUCCAUCUAAGAAGCCGUCCCAGCCAAAAGAAGCUAAACCAAAGGCCAAGGAUGAACCAAAGAAAGAGGCCAAGAAAGAAGUUGAGAAAGAGCCUGCAAAGCCUAGAGCAGAGGAUGCAGGGGAGGAAGAGGCACCAAAGCCCAAACCUAAGAAUCCUCUUGAUUUGCUGCCUCCAAGUAAGAUGAUACUGGAUGACUGGAAGAGGCUGUACUCUAAUACGAAGACAAACUUCCGUGAGGUUGCAAUCAAAGGAUUUUGGGACAUGUAUGAUCCUGAGGGAUACUCUCUUUGGUUCUGUGAUUACAAGUACAAUGAGGAGAAUACAGUCUCAUUUGUCACUCUGAACAAAGUAAGCGGGUUUCUACAGAGGAUGGAUUUGGCACGCAAGUUUGCAUUUGGGAAGAUGCUGGUCAUAGGCUCUGGGCCUCCAUUCAAAGUGAAGGGAUUGUGGCUUUUCCGUGGGCAAGAAAUCCCCCAAUUUGUCCUUGAUGAGUGUUACGACAUGGAACUUUACGAGUGGAAGAAGGUUGACACCUCGGAUGAAGCCCAGAAAGAGCGAGUCAAUCAGAUGAUAGAGGACUACGAGCCUUUUGAGGGAGAGCCACUUUUGGACGCCAAGUGCUUCAAGUGAUUUCCCUCGUUUUCCUGUAGAUUUCUUUAUCUGGUGUUACAGUGUCCUUUACAAAUGCUUGGUAUGAUAUAUAAAUAUAAAUAUAUAUAUAUAUUUGUAAUUUUAAUCCUUGUUUUAAUAUGACAAUUUUAAUUGGUAAUGUUUAUUACUAUUAUGCACCAUCAAUACUCCGUGAUAAUU